CUAAAUAAACAACAAUUUCUGAGACCACUGCAACCGAAAGCUUAGCCAAAUCGAUAUAAAGAGGGUGUCUGUCAUCAACGGAUCCGGACAACCGAUCUUCUAGUAAUGCACUACACCAAGGCAUGGCUGAAAGACAGGACAAUGAGGUAGAGGAGGCAGACCAGGUUUUCCUGCUUAUGAAGGAGGAGUACCGCAUCUCUCGCAAUGUCCGUCUUGCCUGGUUCCUGAGCAAACUCAACCAGGUCAUUCAGCCCUCGCCUAAGGCUGAAUUGGACAAGUCAGAGAAUGAGCUAGACGUUCUGAGUAUUCUGCCCAAAGGAUGGCAGGCAGAGUUUUCUCCCUCUACUCUGCCCUACCAGCUGGUGCCGGCCUCGUGCGUCAACUUCCUGGCGCGCCGCUACCGCUUCAUCAUAGAGCUGGACCUCAGCCCCUCCACAGGGAUUGUGGAUGACUGCACAGGUGAGAUGAUUUUCGACGAAGUGUUCCAUGCUCUGUCCCGGUGUCUGGCCGGCUUGGCCCGACCCUUUAAAGUGCCUGGAACAGACCUGCUCUUUAAGCCCAUGGUGUUCAUCACCAUCCUGGCCUACUCCUCCAUCAUUGGACUCAACACUCACCAGGUGUUGGUGCAGGGCUGCCAGUUGGAUGGGACUGACCUGGAUAAGUUCCUGCAGCAGAUCUAUCAGCAGCUGCGAGCUGUGGAGAACAACAUCGCCGAGGUGCUUCAACAGCAGAACGACCAGGCCAGGGGACAGCAGUGUGAUGGAGGCUCCAUCUGCCAUGGGCUGCCCAGCGACGUCAUGGAAGAAGAGCCUCAGAGGAAGCUGGGAGUUUCCAUGGUGACGGCGGAUGUUGGACUAGUCAGUAUGGUACGGCAGGGUAUCCUCGCCCUCCAGCUCCUGCCCCCAAACUCCAGCGCAGGUAUAAUCAUCAUCACUGAUGGAGUCACCAGUGUGCCGGACGUGGCCGUGUGUGAAACCCUGCUGAACCAGCUGAGGAGUGCCACGAUUGCCUGCUCUUUUGUCCAGGUGGGUGGAGCAUACUCGUACGACUGCAGUUUUGGCUACAUCCCCAACGUGGAGCUGAUGAAGUUCAUCUCCCUGGCCACGUUCGGCUCGUACCUGUCCACCUGUCCCGAGCCGGACCCCAGCAGCCAGGAGAUGAACACCUACCACAAGGCUUUCCUCACCUACUCCUUCCUCAAGACCAGCGAGUCACUGAACCCGGAGUACUACUGCUUUGCUCAGCACAAGCUCUUUAAUGAACACCUGGUGUCGACCAGUGGGAAUCCCGCGCUCAUGAUGCGGCGGAAGAAACACACGGAGAAGGAAGUGCACGCGGACCUGGUCAGCGUGGUGUCCGUGCGACUCCGAGAGGGCUACACCAUACGCGAGAUCAGCCUCUGUAAAGGGGGCACCCAGCUGGAGGUGAAGCUGGUGCUGCUGUGGAAGCACAACAUGCGGAUCGAGUAUCUGGCGGUGGCCUCCUGGCCCCUGGAGCCGGCCAACCGCACCACCUGGGUGGAGGUGUCCAUGGAGGGCAGCUAUGACAUUCUGCACGACAUCAGCUGCACCAUGAAGAAGCCCAUCACCAGCCCCUACCGCACCUCCGUCAUCCGCCGCUUCUGGAACACGCUACAGAGCAUAAACCAGACGGACCAGAUGCUGGUCCACUUGCAGUCCUUCAACUCAAUCUCUGAGCACUACACCAUUCCUGAGAGCACAAAGAACGGAGUACCACUCUUCUACAUCCCCCCUGGAUCCACCACCCCUGUUCUCUCCCUGCAGCAUAGUGGCUCCAAAGACUCCAGCCAGUCCCAGUUUGCCUCCUACUGGAAGCCCAUCCUCUCCAUGGACGCAAACUUCUGGCAGCGUUGGCUGCACAUGCACCGCAUCGCCAUUAUCCUGGAGCAUGACACGCCGGUACCUAAACAUGUGCACAACGCUGGCAGCAACGGGCGCUUCAGCACCAUCCAGUGCCGCAUCUCCCACUCAGCCCUCACCUCCCUGCUGCGGGACUGGAGCAGCUUUGUGCUGGUGGAGGGCUAUUCUUACGUCAAGCUCAUCUACAGUGCUUCAGACCAGCCACCCACUUCCUUCUACCUGGUGCGGCUGAUCUCCAAAGCCCCUUGCAUGGUGCUGCGACUGGGCUUCCCUAUUGGAACCCUGGCUCACACCAGGAACAAGAUUGUGGACGAGCUGCGGGAGCAGAUCCUGAGGCUGCGCUUCCCCCACCGUGUCCAGAACAAGGAGGCCACGCCCAAGACCAAGAGGAAAGUGCUGGGCAACAACACCUCGCCCUCCAAAUCGCCGCCACUUCCGGCCCUUAAGCCCGCGCUGUCUGACCGGCCCUGUGUGGUGCUGCUCCACAAGCCCCUGGAGAAGAUGCUGAUCAGGUACGAGAAGCUCCCACUGGACUUUCGCACGCCCUUCAUCCUCAACAUGGAGCCGUUCGCCCAGCCACCCAACAUGGCCGUUCCGCUGAGUUCGGCGGCCGGCCGCACGGCCUCGUCCACGCUGGCCUCACUCUCGCGCUACUUCCUGCACCAGCGCUGGGUGUGGACUGUGCAGAGUGGCCUGGGCCCUGCCGUCUCCCUGCAGGCCGUGGCCCACAUCCUCUCCAUGUUGGCCGAGAUUCGCAUCUCCGAGGGCUUUCACUACGCUGCCAGCGGGGAGGGCAUUGUCAACAUGGUGACAGAACUUCCGAUGAAGGGCCAGCCUGUUGGCGUGCAGGAGGAGAGUCACACCUGCAUAGUGCAAUACAUCCUUUUCCCCCCACACUCUACCUCCACAAAGGACAGCUUUUCCACCGACGAUGACAACGACACUGAGGUGGAGGCCAUCGACGUGGACACGGAGUUGAACCUGGUGACGGAGUGCUGGGUGGAGCCCCAGAGCGGGACUGUGUUGAGCACCCUGGAGCAACAGCGCCACCUACUGGGGCUCACCUACCAGGAGAUCCCGCAGGCAAUAUUCCCCCGAGACGUGGCGUGCAUGUCCACCAUGAUGACCUUCGAGUACCUGAGCCAGUUGUGCCAGAAUAAGGAGCAGGUGUACCCCUUCUGUUGCGCCAAGGACACUGCUGAGGGUGACGUUCCUGCCAGUACUGAGAGCAUCCAGACGGUGCCCUUCCAGUUCGACUUGAUGAAGCUUCUACCCAAGUGCCAACAGAUCGAGAUUUUUUUCCUCACCCUUAGCAGAGCGGAGAAUGAGGAGGUACUCCAGGGCGCCCCCUCUCUGCCCAACGAGCUCCUGCUCAGCCUCUUCCACAGCUCCCUGCAGCAUGACCUCAGCGACCGUGAGAUCCCGUUGGCCGACGUGGACCAUGUGACCUUUAUGCAUCACAUCCUGGGCAGGGAAAGGGAGGGUCAUGUAGCCCCUUUCUCCCUGCCUGUUAUCAAAGAGGAGUGUCUGAAGCCCCCAGACAGGCAGGACACGGUCAUGUCCAUCCACACCAUUGCGAGCAGCAAAGAUGCCACUGGCUCCACCAGCACUCUGCAGAGUUUCAGCAAUGCGGAGCUGGUGGACGAGGAGCAGCCGCUGGAGGGCCGAGGGGGGAGCUCCAUACCCCAGUGGAAGUGCUAUGUCAAAUAUGUCAACUCCCAGCAAAUCUUUCUCACCUUUUUACCUGCCACCUUCACUGACGUGCAGAUCCUGAUGUCCUCAGGGCUGGAGACUGAGCUUACAGCCAACGGCAGUUUCCAGGACGACGAGCACACCCUUAACCAGUCCCAGACGGACUCCCACUCCCACUCCGGCUCCGUCAACGGGCUGGCGGACUCUGGGGGUACUCAGGAGCCCUUCUCCCCACUGCUGUCCCCCACCAGCCUGGCCACAGAGCAGGGGGCACUGGGCAGCCUGGGCAGCCUGGCCACAGAGCAGGGGGCACUGGGCAGCCUGGGCAGCCUGGGCAGCCUGGCCUCCCUGGCCUCAGAGCAGACCAACGGGACCGCGGAGGAGCGAGAAGGCGUUCAGUUUGCUGAGCCGCAGCGGCGUGACCUCCACAUCACCUUCAGCCGCCAGGGGUCCCAGCAGAGCUCGGGCGACGCUGCUCGCCCCCGCUGCCCCGUCUACGUCUACAACUGCUCUCUGGACACCCUGAAGGAGCAGCUGGUCAACGCCAACGCUGGCCGCCAACCCCGGGACGUCUUCCUCAGACCUCAAGAUGCAGACUCCUGGGAACUGUGUCAGCAGAUGAAGUUCAGGUCUCACUCCCAGGAACGCUGCAGCGCCCCCUCCUGGACAGAGCUGAUGCACCCCCACAAGCACAAAGAGCUGGCCAACUACUGCAGCCUCUUACAGGAGCAUUACCACCAGAGCUAUGUCAAAGGUGUUUACCGCAGCCUGCAGCAGUCGUACGGUAUCAGCUCCCAGGACGUGCUGACGACCAUGGACUACUGCGAGGAGUCGCUGCAAGAGAUCGACAUCACGGCCUUCCUGCAGACGCUCUGCGGCCAUGUGCGCGUCUUCAAGGAGCGCCACCGCGCCUUCGGGGGGCCAGGGGCCCCCGACCCCCCCAGUGCAACAGCCACCUUCAUCCUUGGGGAGGCAGAGGAGGAUGGCCCGAGGGAGAGGCCCGCCCUGGUCUCCUCCUUCAGCGUUGACCUGGAGGAUGGGAGCGAGGUCGAGAGUAGAGAUUGGUCAUCCGACCCCACCUCUCCACUCGCCGCAGACGAGCCCAAGUCCUCCAGAUUCCCAGAAUUCCCUCUGUCACUCCUCAGCUCCCAGCAGAAGUGUGAAGUGUAUCCAGAUCUCCACAAGAUUAUACAGGAUAAAUUCAUGGAGAUCGGUGCUCAAUACUUCAAGACGGUGCCUUCCAACCCACACUAUUUCUUCUACUGCCCGCCAUCGUCCAAGAAAGAGUGUGAGGAGGAGAGGAGGCCCAGUGAGGAGAUGGAGGUGUCCGAGGCAGAGCUGGCUACGGAGGACGAGACCAUGUCCGGCUGUCGCAUCGUGACGGAGAGCGACACGGAUCUUGAGGUGGAGUACCGGGAGCAGGCCGUGCGUCGGAUGGACGCCCUGGGCAGCAGUGGCGGCGAGGAGGAGGGUCCAGGCGGUGGUUAUGGCGCUGGGGGCAGAGGUGGAGGAGGCGAGGGUGAGGACGAGUCUCUGUCGGACUCGAACACCAUGAACCAGGACGAGGACUCCUUCAGCAUCCUGGACGGAGACUCGCUGCUGGAGGCCGAGGGGCCACAGCCCGAGAUGCCCCCGCUGUUCGUCCACCUCACCUGCUCCGUCAACAUCAAGAGCAGCCACGGCUCCAUGCCCAUCCAGACACUGCCCACCUGCCUGGGAGAGGUCAUUUCUUGCCUGGAGAACAAAGAGUCCCUUCAGUCAGUUGACCUGGGCGACCUUUCGGUUACUCUGGACAUUUUUGUCCUGACGUUGCCCCUGGAGAUAGAGGUCAUCCCUUCAGACUUCCAUCAUAACAGGUACACGUCGGAGUCCAGCGUGUCUUUGAACCGCUCUCCUGGCCAACCGUCGUCCUACCGCUCCGACGAGGAGCUCAUGGGGGUGCUGGACCUGCGGGGCGUCGGCAUGGACGGGGUCUCGGGUGAUCCCCUGUCCAAACUGCCUGUUCCUCAUAAAAUGGCAGUGUUGGCCACCAUGGAUGAGAUCCGCUGGCUGCUGCAGGAUGAGAUCGUCUCAGCUCUACGGCACUCUCGCAUCAUCAACACGUCCACCCUGCAGAAGGUGGCCAAUCACGUGUGCCGCUCCUGCGGACGUCCACGAUGCCACUACGAGGUGGUGCCCCUGCAGUUUGUGUUUGGGCCCGAGCAGUCGCUGGAGAAGUUCAAAGAGGAGUUCAGGCGCCUGUCCUUCACUGGUUAUGUUCUGAACGGGGAGCAGGAGAACUUCCACUACAUGUCCCUGAGUCGGCUUCACCCUCAAAGGCUGCAAGCGGUCAAGCGCCUCUCAGAGAGCACCGCCUUCUCCAGGGAGCAGACCAAUCACUGCCCUGAACCAGAGGAACCUGCCAGCACCCAGGCCAGUAGCUACUCCCCACGCAAAGCUCCUGAGGUCAAAGCUGAUGCAGAAAGCAGGGAGGUGGAAGCUGAGCUCCUUCAGACGCACAGCGAGGGGAGGAAGGAGGAGGAGGACCGCCGAGCAGGAGCGGCAGGAGCAGCAGGAGGGGAGGCGGCAAGCGAGCCUCUCCCUGCGCCCGAGACGGGCAGCGAAGCGGGCCGGGCGAAGGCUCUGGGGCGUCCAGACUCUGAGGAGGUCCGCUCCCAGAGCUCGGCCACCAGCAGCACGGCGCAGCUCCAGGCCAGCAGCAGCACUGACCGCUCCUCGGAGCACACGUCGCCCCCCAAAACCCCCUCCGCCGUCAGCCUUGCGGAGUCUGUGCAGUCCACCACUCACAGCAGUGGGAAGCUUCGGCCCAGUCGCGUGCAGAGCGUGGUGUCCAGUCAAGGCAGCCUGGACUCAGACAUGUUGGGCUAUGACGGGGGGAGCAGCGACUCGGAGUGCGAGAGUCCCACCCUGGACGAGCAGGAGACCCAGAGUCCACUCAUGCCGGACUUCUGGCUCCUCCUCAAGAUCCACCAAGACCGGGUGGAAGUCUUCUCCCACUCAAGGAGUCUGAUCGGGGGGAAGGAGGGAGGAGGCUCGGGGGAGGAGGAAGAGGAGGAGAUCCCAGAGUACCUGAGGCUACAUCAGCUGCUCGUGAGAAAGAUCGGCGAGAUCUGCCGCAUCGUUAACCAGCGCCUUCUGCUGCAGGACCUUCACGACAGCCACGUGUGCAACUCCCUCCUGGUGGCCGAGAGUGAGGAGGAUAUCUGGAAGAACGAGUCCCUGUACAGACAGAGGGUGGCAAACUCCGAUGACUACAACGCAGAUGAGAGCUACCAGCCACGAGACUACCUAGCGGCCAACAUGCAGUUCAUUCCGGGCCACUUUGCCUGUGAUGUGGUGUGGAGCACGGUCAUUCACAUUCACCCCCGACUAAAGAUGGGGCCCAACAUGGGCGUGUCCCGAGCCAUCCAGGCCCUGCGGUCUGUGCUCAGUGCUUUCUGCGUGGUCAACAGGAAGAACAUGUUCGUCUACCAGGAGCGCACCACCAAAUCCGUCUUCUACCUCAGACUCUCUGAGACGUCCCAGACAGGGAAGUACUCCGACCUGGAUGGCAACCUGCACAUGGCACGCUCUAUGGGCUUGGCCCGCAGCCAGGAGCCCCUCUACUCCGAGGACCUCACGGGGUCCCGCUCCUCGCUUGAGGGCUCCAGACCGGUUGGACAAGUGGACAAACACAUCCUCCUGCUGGUGCAUGGUGUGGGCAGUGCAGGUCCUGAGAUCACAGACGAGCUAGUGAAGGUCCUGCGUAAGCGUCUGGAUGAGGCCACGCUGGACAUCAUCACGGUGAUGCUCGUCCGCAACUGCAAACUGACCCCGGCUGAUGUGGAGUUCAUCCAGCCCCCUGGUUCCCCAGCCACGGAGGUGAUGGAGUUCUCCCUGCCCCAGUACUCGCUGUGCUGGUUGCCGGCUGUGGCCCACUACCUCAGGCAGAACCUGCUCAUCUUCUUGCACAUCCCCAAGUACACCGACAGCAACAUGGAGCACCACUUCAAGCACUACUUCCACUUGAGCAGUGAGCUGCCAGACUCCGACCUCUACCUCUACAACAAGCCUGGAGGCCAGGGAACCGGAGGAAAAGGUAUCGCCUGCAUUGCCCUGUCCUUCGUUGAUGCGGAUGGGCGCCCCCUACAGGUCCCCGCGCAGGAUGGCACGUCUCCCCUCAAAGGAGGAGACACCUCGACCAUCUCGCUCGAUCCUGACCAGUUUGACCUGCUGACCACUGUGGUCAAGGUGGAGCCCUCCCACAGCCAAGUCCCAGGUCCGUAUGUGCGCGUGCGGUUCGACGUGUGGGAGCAGGGGAACGUCAGCCCCCUCCAGCUGACGGACAAGCUGCGUGGUGCCCUGCGCCAUGCCCUCUGUGACGUGGUCAUGGAGCUGCGGGUGCUGCCCAACCCCCUGUGCCAGGAGACGUUCUGCCUGCUCGCCAGCCCGCCCAGGGACGAGACCAAUGGUCUGCUCACUCUGCCCCAAGCGGCCGCUAAGGAGGUCAGGGAGGUGCGCGACAGCCCCCGGCGCCUCAGCGGGACUCAGAGCCUGCGGAGCAGCCCCUCGCCCCUCACCCUCAACCCCCUCGGCAACACCGCCACCCCCAGCACGGGCACCAGCACGCCCGAGUCUACCACCCCCACCGGGAAGACAACGCGACGCAGCUUCUGGGAAAUCCUGAGCAAGCCGGACUCGUCGGAGCUGAGCAGUCCAAAGACAACAGACGACAUCAUGCCGGAGCGGGGCGAGGACACUCGGGCCGGACGGCGCCGCCACAAGACCGAGAUGGUCAAGCAGCAGUGGAGCCAGGAGCGGAACGUGGCUGUAGAGUUGGAACAGGCCCAGAGGAGGCACGUGGUGCAGCUGGAGGAGGGGGAUGUUGGGACGCUCCACCCCACCUACCACCUUACCUAUCAGCCCUGGGUCGUAUUCAUGUCCAAGAUGGGCUGUCCGUCAAUACAGCAGUGCACGGCCGAGAUCACCUCUCACUUCCUCCUGCCCUCCAUCCUGGCCGAGAUCGCCGGCUUGGUCAGCUCUCUGGCCAGCGACACGGUCGUGAAGGUUUUUGAGAGAACAAGUUGUCCCCAGGGAGACAUCUUUGUUCCCUUGCCUCACAUCCAGCACACUAGCCAGGCACCUGCGUCUUCCAGGAGCUUCAUGCUCAUUGGACGGAAUUUCCACCAAUGGCAUUGUAGCACAGAGCUACAAGGCUCCUUCCAGGACGACAGUUCAGAUGAGGAAAGCCCUCCAGUGCUAAAUAGGUUCACACCUCAUAAGGGGCUACAGCGCUUCGAGGCACUGGAGCAGAGCGACUGGUACAGCCCGGGGCAGACUGCGAGGGGGGUGGCGCCGCGACAGAGGUUCCUCCACAUCCACGUCCUGGAGAAGAAGGUGACGCUGUAUGCGUAUAACUGGUCAGUGGAUCUGGGCGCGUCCCUGAACCGUGGCCUGGUCCGGCUGGUGCAGUGGCAGAAUGCGCGGGCUCACGUGAUCAACUGCCUGCUCAACCAGAAAAUGGGCCUCUUCCACCACUACUGCUUUGCAGACAUACCGGCCCACGAAGACCUCAAACAAGAGCCCAACUCGUUCCUGAACUCCACCAUGGAGGCGGAGGCGCUGCUGCGGAGCCCUGUGCCGCCGGUGCCCAGCAAGGAGCAGGGAGGUCGGCUGGGCAGCUCGUCGCGCGUGCUGGCCCCUCUGCACUUCCCCUCGGACCUGGUGCCCUUCGACGAGGCGCUGCGUGACGUGGGGGCCCUGCGGCCGCUGGCCAGCUCCCAGGACGGGGGGGCCGACGUCGUGGCCCGGCACGGGGCUCAGCUGCUCGACGUCAAGGCUGCGGAGCGCAGAGAGAUGGAGAAGCAGUGUAAGAUUGAGAACCUGUUUGUGACGUGGCAGCAGAGGUCAGCCCAGUCCAACAUGCCCAUAUCGGUGGCAGAUCUGGACACUCUGAAGCAGUCGUCUCGACUGGUGCACUACUGUGCUACUCCGCUGCUCUUUGACCCCAUCUUCCGCAAACAGAUCCAUGAGGAGCAGACCAUCCAGCAGCCGCCUGUCAAGCGGCGGCACAGGUCCAGCGACUCGGCGGCGUCGGGCCGGGACCGCAGCUACAGCACAGACUCGGCGGAGACGCUGCCCAGCCGCCUGCGGGAGGAACCCUGGCUGCAGGACAUCUCCAACACCUUCCUGCAGCAGUACGUCCAGUACCUGCAGAGCAUGGGCUUCAUCCUGGUGCAGGUGCGGCCGCAGUCCCCCGCACGCAGUAUUGCGCGAGCUCGAGCAGCCAUGCUUAGCUCUCUGUCCACGGAGGGCAGAGGCUCCUUCUCCUCCUUCUCCUAUAACAAGCAAAAGAGCAACGAAGACAGCCCCAAGCAGCAGAGCAGCGGAUCAGGAACUACCAUCUACCACCUCCAGAGGGCGCUGCCUGGAGGGAUUGUGCUGAUGGAGCUUGCCUUCCAGGGAUGUUACUUCUGUGUGAAGCAGUAUGCACUGGAGUGCUCACGCAUCCCAAUGGGACAAACGGUUAAUUCCCAGGGCUCCCUCCUCUCCAAAGUGCGUAGCCGGCCCUUCCCAGACUCCAGCUCUGGCUCAGACUCUCAGCUCUCCAUGCUCUUCACGGAGGAGUGUGAUAAGGUGCGGGACCUGAUGCACGUGCACUCCUUCAGCUACGACUUCCAUCUGCGUGUGGUGCACCAGUACCUGCUGGGCUCGCACAUGACCCUGCGCCAGGGCUACCAGCUCACCUGCUUCCUGGAGGACUUCAUCCGACACCACCCGGACAUCCCCAAGUUCGGACGCAACCACGUCUUCCAGGGGAGCUUCUCCAUCUCCACAGGGAUGACCACAGCUCACCAGCUGUAUAACUACAUCACGGACCACGCUGGCACCUACGGCAUGAAGCCCCUGCGCAUGUCCAAAGCCCCGCCCGCCCCCGAGAGCAAGAAGGGGGCACCCAGCGCUGACCUGCACGAGUACGCCCUGGUGGCCCUCUGGAACAGCUCAGGGACGUUUAAGGACCUUGACGGCCUGCGUCACCAUGACGACUUUGACGUGUCCCUGCUGGUGUGUCACAACGCGGCGCCGUUUGAGGAGCAGUCAGAGGGGGAGAGGCACCUGCUCAGGUUGCGCUACUAUGUGAUUAUGACAAGCCAGCGUGAGCUCUUCCCAAGGCUGACCGCCGACAUGCGGCGCUUCAAGAAGCUCACGCAGAUCCACCGCGACCCAGUCUCCGGUAACACCGUCUCCGGUAACGCAGCCAGCCCCGACCCGCGCCUGCCCACCGACUGCCCCCAACCCGCUCGGGGUGCCCGCGACUCUGAGUCCGACCUCUGGGACGAUGCCUCCUCCACCAUCCCCACCUCCCUCAGCACCACCCCGACGCUCUCCUCGGCCGGCGGCGACGGCUCCUUGGACCCCGCACCGGCCCAGGACGGAGGCCCCGAGACGGGCCUGACGUACGUGUCGUCGUCGCCCCUGUUCCCCCUGCUGAGCUCGGAGGUGAGUGCGGCGCACCGCAAGAUCCAGAGCAGCGUGGAGCAAGCCAUGGGUCACUGCCGGAGGGACAACCUGUGGCGCCGGCUCUUCCACGGCGAGCACCUGGCCUCCGACAAGCUCAAGCUGAGCAAGCUGGCCUUCGCCGAGCUCGAGGAGCUGCUGCAGGCCGUGCAGAGCCAGUCUGUGGGAGAGGUGGACCCGCAGCUGGACUGCUUCCUGACCAUGAGCCCCAGCUGGUACCAAAGCCUCAUAAAGGUGCUCCUCACCCGCUUCCCCCAGAGCUGCAGGCACUUUGUGGACGACAGUGGCAUCCAAUACCUGGCUGUUCUGAAUCAAAAGUUCACCGACUGCUUUGUGCUGGUCUUUCUUGACGCCCAGGGGCAAAACGAGUCUAAAGGUGGUGUUCCGGGAACCCCUCCCCACCCAGCAGCCGUCCAGCACAAGUCCCCCGCCACAGCUGGUCUCCAUGUACCACCACCUGGAGUCAGUGGUCAAUACCGCCUGCUUCAACCUCUGGACCGGCCUCCUGUGAAGAGGCGGAGAGGGACAUGGAGAGGGAGGGAGGUGGAGGGGGGUAUGGGGUGUGGGGAUGGAGAGCGCUGGAGUGGGAAUUGUGGCUUGCCACUGUUGUCAGAUGUUAAACUGUGCCGCGGGUAUUAAGUGUGUGUGUGUGUGUGGUGAGU